UAGCGUGUUUAGUGGUGAAGUGAAAUGAAAGCUUAAAUAUUUUCGUAAUUUGUGCUUAAGUUUUUUUAAAAUGUCAGUGAAAUGGACUGGAAAUCAAAGUGAAACUGGAAUAUUAAGAAAAAGUGAAUUUAAAGAGAAGAAAGAAGAAUUAUUCGUGUUCGGCUAUUCGUGCAAACUGUUCAGGGAUGACGAUAAAGCCCUGCACAUUGAUCAAGGCAAACACCUCAUUCCGUGGAUGGGGGAUGAAACGUUGAAAAUCGACAGGUACGAUGCAAGGGGAGCGCUACACGAUCUGUCAGCCUUGGAAGCACCGCCUGGGGGUUACGACUGGCGUGUCGAGCUCACCAGGGCAGAACUGGAUGUGGAACAACUAUGUGAUGAGGAGAGGUACCGCGCUCUUCAUACUGAUGAAGAUGAGGAAGAAAUGUAUAAAGAAGAGGAAUUGAAGCGUCUUCAUGCAGCUGGGUAUGGUCAGGUGGGCUUCAAUUAUGAUACUCCAGCAGAAACAACAUCAGAAACUCAAUCCGUGGAGGUAGACGAACCCUUCGAUCCAACUGCUGAUUUCAUAGCUCUCUUACCUGCAAACACAGUGCUUCCAGAAACACAAAAGCAGAAUGCAAUAAUAGAGAAGACAGCUAAAUUCAUAGCAAACCAGGGUGCACAGAUGGAGAUCCUCAUCAAGGCGAAACAAGGGGACAAUGUGCAGUUCAAUUUCCUGAACAAGGAUUCAUCCUUACAUCCAUAUUAUACAGCACUGAUUGCUUUAGUUAAGGCUGGGAAGUGGCCAGAGAAGAAAGCAGAAGUAGUAGAAGAAAAACAAGAAACAAAUGAAGAUUAUCUACAUCCAAGCUUAGCUUCGGCUGUAAUUGAAUCAGCGCCGUCCAUCCCGAGCAUCCACUACAAGCCGUCGGCGGACUGCGACUACACGCUGCUGAUCUCGCGCAUGCGCGGCGAGGCCGUGCCCGACGAGGCGUACGCGGCCGAGCUGGCGCCGGGCGAGGUGGCGCCGCCCGGCACGGAGCCGCUGCCGCCGCGCCCCACCAUCGCGCGCGCGCCCGUGCGCUACCACCACGCGCCGCGCCCCACCGCUACGGCGAACCAAACUCUGCAGCAGCAGUACGCGGCCUACUACCAUCAAUAUACGUCUCAAGCUCAAACUCAGCCGGCUCCUGUCGAACCUCAGAAGACGCCCACGGUGACUACUACAAAGUCCACUGGCCUCAGUCUCAUGAAGAACUACAAUACAGACAGUGACAGCGACGACUCGGACUUUGAGGACAGUUCCUCAUCAGACAGCAAAGAUAAACCAAUCAUCGUGACUCCGCCCGAUGACAUUAAAGUCGUGAUCGACAAAAUGGCGGCGUACGUCGCACGAAAUGGCGACAAGUUCGAAGAGAUCGUGCGCGCGAAAAACGAUCCUCGCUUCACGUUUUUGGAACCUGAUAAUAUGUAUCAUCCGUUCUAUAAACGAUUAAUGCAAGAAAAGAGAGGCGUAGAUGUCAAUGGGAAAGAGAAACAGAAACAUGAUAAAGCACCUGUAUCGUUUUCUAUAAAGAAACUAAAGGAACCCGACCCGAUAUUACCGAAACCGGCUCUUCCCUACGAGUCGAGUUCAGAAGACGACGAAGCGAACAAAGAAAUGGAUAGACAAGAAGAACAGCCAAAAGAAAUUCCCAAAACGAAUAUACCACAGAUACAUACGUUUAACAAUAUCCCACCGGUCGUCGUUUACAAAAUGGAAGCGAUUCAAGUAAACAACCUACCGUUAGUGAAAACCAUCGAACCGGCAACUACGAUUGUACACCAACCAACCACACCUGAGGUCAUAGACCCACUGCCAAAAGAAAUUAUUCAUACAAAGGAACAGACAAAAGUUGAGGACGAACCAGCCGUAGAAAACAAUCCGCCAAAGGUCGAAAUCAAAGAACAGAAAAUACCGGAAAAGAAAGAAGAGAGAAUAAGGGAGAACGAAAACAGAAGCCCGAGUAGAGAUAAAAAGAAACACCGCGUUAGGAAGAAGGAAUAUCGUUUGGAACACAAAACUGAACGUAAGGACAGGAGAGCCGAGAGGAUCUCUGAUAAAGAGAAGGUGAGAGAACGAAAGAGAGAGCGAGAAGCUGAGAGGAUUAACAGAGAAAUAGAGAGAGAGAAAAAGAGGAAGAGGCACAAAGAGGAGUUGGAAAGUGAGAUUAUAUCGUUGGAAGAUAACUCCGAUGACAUGAUCGAUUUGACGGGCGAGCAGUCAGAUUCGAAAGGCGACGGCUCCCCGGCGGGGCGGCGGCGGCGCGCGGCGGAGUUCCUGCGCGCGGCCGGCGUGGACGCGGCCGCCGCCGCCGCGCUGCCCGCCACGUCGCUCGCCAGCGCCAUGGUGGACACGUUAGAGUCGCUUCGAAAGAAGAAGUCUGAGGAAGAAGAAAAGAGAAGGAGACGAGAUAAACGACGGCGAAGAGAUAAGAGAGAUUACGAAGAUGAAACUGACAAACACAAGAAAAGCAAACGGAAGAAGAUCAGGUCAUCUGACGAAGAAGAUUCGGAUUACGACAGUUCAAAGAAGAAGAAGCGUAAAAAAGACAAAAAACACAUAUCAAAGAGCAAAAAGAAGAGAAGGAAGGAGAUGGAACUCAAGGAACCCGGUCAGACCUUGAACAUAGAUCUAACAAACACGUUAAAGGAACUCCGAAACGCCUCCCCGACGAAGGAGUUAGUACUACAAGACAUCGGAGAGGUGCCGAGCUCGAGACAGGAGUCGGGCGACGAGGAAGUAGGGAAGGUGAAGAGGAAGAAAGCGAGGGAGUACAGUGAGGGGGAGUGGUCGAGCGACAGUGGGGAGGACUCCCAUUCGAGUGAUAACGAUUGAAUCACAUUUUAGGACUAUUUUUGUAACUAUGACGAAGUGUCGUCGUUUUUCAUACAAAGUUUCAUAUCGAGAAAUGAUUGCGCAAAAUUAUUUUGAGACAUUUGUAUAUACAUUUAGAAUAUAUUUCGUUUCUACUUAGGUUAAAUUAUGGUUUAAGAUAUUUUGCCAAUUUAAAACAUACACAGAGAUGUUUUAUGUUUUUUUUUUUUAUAAAUGAUAAUAAAUUUGUAAAGAUAAUCAUUAAUAAAUUUUACAUUGUAACGAUUUAUAUGUCUAAUAUUAUCAUAGCAUAUUCCAAUCAAAGGAGCAGAAAUCACAAAUAAACAACAUCGGUCGAAUUCUUGAAUAAUCUAUGACAUUCAUUAUGGAUUCGUGAAAAAAUGGCGUAUUAAACAUAGGCGAUAUUAUUAUCGGAAGUAAAAUUAAAUUGGAUGGAUGUAAUGUAAUAAAUAUAUAUUAAUCAAGAACUGUUUGUAGUGCAUAAUAUAACAGAGCUGUUAGCAAAUCGCAUUGUGUGUGUAAAUCUAAGGUUCCUUUGAUUGAACUAGGCUCUAUAAACAUAAUCUAUGCUAGGAUUUUAAACGCUGAAAUAUCUAAGAUUAUCAUAAUUGUAUAGAUUAUAGUAGUCGUUCUUAUCACAUAAGAGACCAGAACUGUAUGUUAAUCGAUAUAAUUGUAAAUAAGUAUGCAUUUUUUUUAUGUAGAAUAGGAAGGCGGACGAGCAUAUGGGUCACCUGAUGGUAAAUGGUCACCAACGCCCAUAGACAAUGGCAUUGUAAGAAAUGUUAACCAUCGCUUACAUUUCCAAUGCACCGCCAACCUUGUGAACUAAGAUGUUAUGUCCCUUGUGCCUGUAAUUACACUGGCUCACUCACCCUUCAAACUGCUGUUCUGCGGUAGAAUAUCUGAUGAGUGGGUGGUACCUACCCAGACAAACCUGCACAAAGCUCUUCCACCUGUGAAAUAUAUUUAACGAUAUUUACUCGAACAGGACGUAUGAAGAAUACGUACAUACGAACGUAUGAAGAAUAAAACAAAGGUUUUUAUAUCAAAUAUAAUUCGUUUCAAUAGUAUUAACAAAAAGAAUGAGUUAUUACGAGCGCCUAUUUGUUUGUUUUGGAUGUUCUCAUACACAAGAUAGCACACUAACAUAAGUUAUCAAAACACACACAUACACAUGACAGUAUAUAUACCAAGUGUUGUGAAGUGUAUUACGAACGUAGAAAAUGUGUUUUUCAUGUAUCCAUUUCCUCAAAUAAUCUUUCGAAUUAUUUUAAUUAUGCUUUUAACGUAUUUAUGAUUUUUUUAUUAAACGAUUUUGCCUGCGUCCUACUUUUACGAAUUAUAUUGUAAUAAAUUGAAAUUAUACAAAAUGCUAGUGAUAUGAUAUGAAAAAAAAUUUAAAAUUAUAUAGUUAUGAUCGUUUUAACUUAUUGUACAUCAUUAUUAUUUAUAUAACACAGAAAAUACAUAAUUGAAUGGUGUCUCAUGGCAAGUGGCGACCUCUAUCUUCAAAUGUUGCCGUUUAAAGGUAAAAUAUACCAUAUGUUGUUAAUGUUAGAAUCUGUUCUCAAUUAGAACGGGAUGCGACCUUUUGGAACUGAAACGCGCGCUCCGACUGUCCCAUCGGCAAAUUAAUAUCGAUGCUACGGGCGUGUUGUUACUCGUUCGUUUGUGUGGAUUUGUGGUAUUAUUUUAAUGAAAUUGUUAUUCCUUUUACUCUUUGCCAGAGUCGAAUAUUAUUGAACUUUUUUUUUGGCGACGCUCCUUUGCUUACGAACUAUCAACUAUGAUUUUCUUUGACAAGGUUCCAUCCCUUUCUGAUAGCGAACGGAUUACGCCAAAAAAUAAAUCUGAAACAAUAGCCUACCACCAUAUAAAAGUCUGAUAUGUUAAAUACAUGUACAUUUUUUAUACUCCCUAUUUAUUGUAUAUUGAAAUUUAAUAAAUAUAAUACAGGAGGACAGGGAGCUUUGGCGCACCUUGGGAGAGGCCUAUGUUCAGCAGUGGACAACGAUUGGCUGUUGAUUGAUUGAUUGAUUGAAAUAUAAUACAAUACAAAUAUUGACUAAUAUAUCUAAUAAUAAUUGCAAAAAUGUCAAUCAUUCCCAUUCUUUUUCGUCUUGUUGAUUCAUAAUUCUCUAUUGAAAUGUUAUACUAAUAAUAAUUGGAUUUUUUAAAUUUUAUUAUUGUCUGCCCAAAAUAUAUGUAAUUUAAAAAAAAACGUAUUGUAAUAUAUCAAAUUUUACAAAAAUAGUAGUAUAAUAUCAAUUUUACCUAUAAAUGUGCUUUAGUCGGUGAGCUUUGAACAAAGCUGCGUCUUCUUCUUUCUAAUGUCACAUCAAUUAUGAGAGAAAGAGAGAAAUCAGUUUGAAACCGAUCACAUGUGUCAGCUCUUUAAUACGUGACAUUGCCAGAAUAUUUUGCGCUCAACUGAACAUGCUAGAAAAAAAAGGAAAUCAGUGUUUAACUAAAUGCUCGAUAAACGUUUAUAAGUAAGGUAAAUGAUGACGUUAUACUUGUAUAUUGUGGCUUUUAAAGAGAUUUGAAAAUUACUUUUCGUAUAAAAAGUAUAUUACAUACUUUUUAUUCAUUUACACUUUUUAUACAUUUUAUUCAUUUAACAUUAACGAAAAUUAAACAUCAUACAUCAUUUAAGAGCAUAACGUAAG